AUGAGGAUUAAAUGUCCCUUUAGGCUGCGAUCUGUUCCAAGCGGUGCAAGUUGGAAGGUGAUGGUUAGAUACGCGAUGCAUACUUAUAGAUUAUAUGGGGGAUUGGAAGGUCAUGACAUAUUGGGACGUCUAAAAGAUGAUGAAAAGAAGUUUGUGAAUGACAUGACCAAGUAUAAUAUGGCACCAAGGUACUGGAUACCACUAUUAGAGAUUAUUGGUGUUACAUCAAUAAAGUUGACCUUUUCAGUUACGUUUGCUUACUUGGAACAUGAAAGGGAAGAUAACUUCACAUGGAUGCUGGAGAAACUGAAAGAGUUGUUUACCUCGGACAAAUUUCUUCUUGAUGUUGUGGUGAAGGACCGGGAAAUUGCAUUAAUGAAUGCCAUUUAUUCGGUGUUUCCAAAGGCAACACAUCUGUUAUGUAUGUUCCAUAUUUCCAAGAACGUGAGCAUGAAGUGCAAAGAGUAUGUGAAAUUGGAAAGACAAGAACAUGUCAAGGAUCAAUGGAACAACAUCAUGUAUUCAAACACAGAAGAUGAAUAUGAUGUACACUUAAAACACUUCCAAAGUGUUUGUGGUGAUAUUCUGGCAUUUGUGAAGUAUGUUAAUGAAACAUGGCUAGUACCAUAUAAGGAAAGGUUUGUUGCUGCAUGGACUAACAAAGAAGAGGGUAAUUGGAAUUUAGAAGAUGAGUGUGAAGAGUUGAAGAGAUAUUUCAAGAGUUUGGAUGUUGUUGGUCAGAGGAUGUUGAAGAAAAAAGUGCGUGAUCUAAUAUAUCCAUCAAUAACUCCGAUGUGUCCACCACCAGUGAAGUACAAGCCAAAAAGGGGAGCUAAAAAAAGUAAAAAGAGUGGGGAGAGUGAUGUGCACCGUGAUCCUAGCCAGUGGGAAUAUCCUCUGGCUUCGCAGGGGAGUCAUACUUCAAAGAGGUCGUGUUCAAAACCGAAUGGAACUCAAUCUUCAACCAUUUCGAUUGUUAGGCAACCUACUGUGAUAUCUUCACGAGUUGAGUUCUUGCCACAAUUUCCUGCUUUCUUUCAUCCUUACAUCGAAGACAUAAUUAAUGUCGACGAUAAUGGAACUGUGUUAGGAAAACGUUACAGGGAACUCACUUGGGUGGACAUGAUAUGGAUAAAUGGAUAUAGUGUCGUUUUUGUUUCCCUUUCCAUGAGUUUGAACAACACAUUUUUGUCACUUAUCCUUGCUCCACCCAUGUACACAAGUCGGCAUACGAUUAUUGCUAUUGGUUUUAUGAACAAUAAUCAUUGGGUACAGAUCAAGUUGAAACCUGAUUGCCCAUUGCCUCGCGUCAUUCUUCGUUGGAGACAGAAUUGUAGUGAUGAUGCAAAAGCAUGA